AUGGCUCCUGCUGCCGCGAAAAAGCAGCCACAGUGGUCGACCGACUUCGACACCAAGCGCCGCCAGCACCUGUUCCAGAAUCCGCCCAAGGACAAGACGGCCUAUCCGACGCUUGCUGCCGCCGUCGACCCCCACAUCAACUCGUUCAACACCAUCUUUGCGCCCGGCGGCCAGAUUGAGGAGGGCAUCAAGGACAUUGGCAUCAAGAGCUUCACCGACGGCGACCCAUACGCCCAGCCCGAGGAGAUUGGCCGCCGCAACCGCCUCUCGGUGCGCGUGCAGGAUGUCUUCCUCGACAAGGCCGUGCUGCCGCCCUCCAACAAGGUCGCCCUGAAGAACCGCAACAUCCUGCCUGCAGAAUGCCGGGAGCGCCACGCCACCUACCGCGGCAAGCUGCGCGCUCGCCUGGAGUACAGAGUGAACAACGAGGAUUGGCAGGAGGAGGUCUGCGAUCUCGGGCAUGUGCCCAUCAUGCUGAGGUCCAACCGGUGUCACCUCGAGAACAUGAGCCCGGACCAGCUCGUCAAGGCCAAGGAGGAGACAGAGGAGCUGGGAGGCUACUUCAUCGUCAACGGCAUUGAGAAGAUCAUCCGCAUGCUGCAAGUAAACAGGCGCAACUAUCCCAUGGCCAUCAAGCGAGGCGCCUUCACCAACCGUGGCCCUGGCUACACACAAUACGGCAUUCAGCUUCGCUCGAUACGCACCGAUCAGUCCUCGCAAACGAACGCGCUACACUACCUCAGCGACGGAAACGUCAACUUUCGCUUCUCUUGGCGGAAAGCUGAGUACCUGGUACCUGUCAUGAUGGUCAUGAAGGCGUUGGUGGAAACGAACGACCGGGACAUUUUUGAGGGCAUCGUUGGCGCAGCUGGCUCGAAGGGGCUGGCGGAGAAGCAGUUUGUCACGGAUAGAGUGGAGCUGCUGCUCCGCACAUACAAGGUCUACGGGCUACACUCGCAGGCCAAGACCAGAGCAUACCUGGGAUCCAAGUUCAAGGUCGUACUGCAGCUUCCAGAUGACGCCAGCGACGAUGAGGCUGGUGUCGAAUUUCUGCGAAAAAUCGUGCUGCCCCACCUUGGAGCCUACAACGUCACUCCGGCGCAGAACGCCGACAAGUUUCAGAUGCUCCUCUUCAUGGUCCGCAAACUCUACUCCUUGGUAGAAGGCGAAUGUUCAGUCGACAACCCUGAUACCGUCCAGAACCAGGAAGUCCUGCUCGGAGGUCAGCUCUAUGGAAUGGUCAUCAAGGAGAGAUUAGACGAAUGGCUGAACUCAUUCCGACCUGUCCUGCAGGACUGGGGUCGCCGAAGCGAGUGGAAGUCGUUCACGUCGCCCGAGUUCAAGAAGGAAUUUGUACCAAGAGUUCUGAAGCGCACAACCAUGGAUGUUGGGCGCGCCAUGGAGUACUUCCUCUCCACUGGUAAUCUUGUCAGUCCUACUGGUCUUGACCUGCAGCAGACGGCCGGUUUCGUCGUUGUGGCUGAGAAGAUCAACUUCUACCGUUUCAUCAGUCAUUUCAGGAUGGUGCACAGAGGUGCUUUCUUCGCCCAACUCAAAACCACUACUGUACGAAAGCUGCUGCCGGAAAGUUGGGGCUUCAUGUGUCCCGUCCACACGCCUGACGGUUCUCCAUGUGGACUGCUAAACCACUUUGCACACAAGUGUAAAUUGGCUACACAGAACGUUGAUGUCUCAGCCAUUCCCAAGCUUGUGGCGCAACUAGGCGUAUCAAGCAAAUCCUCCGCAUCACUCGAGUCAAGCGUUGUUGUACAGCUUGACGGUCGCGUCUUGGGUUUCUGCUCACCAAAGCAAGCCAAGGCCAUCGCAGACACACUGCGAUACUGGAAGGUUGAGGGCACGCACGAUGUCCCGUUGGAGCUUGAGAUUGGCUACGUUCCCACCUCCAACAGCGGCCAGUACCCAGGUAUUUACAUGUUCUCACAGGUGGCACGGAUGUACCGACCUGUCAAGUAUCUGCCUCUGGGCAAGCUAGACUACGUUGGAUCCUUCGAGCAGCCAUACAUGUCGAUCGCCUGCACAGAUCCCGAGAUUGUGUCUGGCGACUCCACUCAUGUCGAGUUCGAUCCAACCAACAUCUUCUCAAUUAUCGCUAACAUGACGCCGUUCUCCGAUUUCAACCAGUCGCCGAGAAACAUGUACCAAACACAGAUGGGUAAGCAGUCGAUGGGUACUCCUGGAACCGCCUUGCGGUACCGCACAGACAAUAAGACCUACCGCCUCCAGACAGGUCAGACGCCUAUCGUGCGACCACCUCUCCACAACGAGUACGGGUUUGAUAAUUUCCCGAACGGCACCAACGCCGUUGUGGCAGUCAUCUCCUACACUGGUUACGACAUGGACGACGCUAUGAUUCUGAACAAGUCUUCCCACGAGCGCGGUUUCGGCCACGGUACUAUCUACAAGACCAAAAUCUGUGAUCUUGAAGAGGGUGGACGCCGGAACAGGUCUGGAAAGACCGUGUCCAAGCUCUUUGGUUUUGCUCCGGAGGGGCUUAAGAAGGCGUCCUACCUGGACACACUAGACGAAGAUGGUUUCCCACGUGUUGGAACGCUUCUGCGUCACGGCGACGUUAUCGCAGCAUGGCAUACAGUUUCGUACGACCCUGCCACCGAUGACUACAUCAACCGCGACGCGAACACCCAGUUCUUCAAGUACAAGGAGGAUGAACUUGCUUUCGUCGAGGAGGUGCGCAUCAUCGGCUCUGAAGACGGCACGCAGCCUUGCCAGAAGAUUAGCGUCAAGCUCCGUGUUCCCCGUUCACCCAUCAUCGGUGACAAGUUCUCAUCCCGUCACGGACAGAAGGGUGUCUGCUCGCAGAAAUGGCCCUCAAUCGACAUGCCCUUCUCUGAAUCUGGUAUCCAGCCCGACGUCAUCAUCAACCCUCACGCCUUCCCGUCGCGAAUGACAAUCGGUAUGUUCGUUGAAUCCCUCGCCGGCAAGGCAGGUGCCAUGCACGGCAUCGCGCAGGACUCGACACCCUUCCGCUUCGACGAGCAGAACACGGCCGUCGACUUCUUCGGCCACCAGCUCAUGAAGGCCGGCUACAACUACUACGGCAACGAGCCUAUGUACUCGGGCAUCACUGGUCAGGAACUCGCCGCCGACAUCUACAUCGGCGUCGUCUACUACCAGCGUCUGCGUCACAUGGUCAACGAUAAGUACCAAGUCCGUACCACGGGUCCCAUCAACUCCAUUACCGGCCAGCCCAUCAAGGGUAGGAAGAAGGGUGGAGGUAUCCGUGUUGGUGAGAUGGAGCGCGACGCGCUGAUUGCCCACGGAACCGCUUUCCUCCUGCAGGAUCGUCUGAUGAACUGCUCCGACUACACCAAGGCCGCCGUGUGCCGCACCUGCGGCAGUUUCCUGUCGACUGCACCCACGGUUAGCGAGUACUCGCGCAAGAAGGAUGCGGGAGGCAGGAACUUGACCAUUCGCUGCAGGAGGUGUGCAAAGGUCGCAGAUGGACUUGAGAGCAAGGGUGAUACCUGGACGGAUGGGCAGGGCAUUCGCUUCAGCGGUGGCGACGAUGUUGCGACGGUUGCUGUGCCUGGUGUGUUGAAGUACCUUGACGUCGAGCUGGCAAGUAUGGGCGUCAGGCUCAAGUUUAACGUCUCGCCUUAG